UUUUCGUGAUAGAUUCUGUACCCAAACUGUGAUCCAUACCUAGGUCAUUAUUUUCAUCCUUCUCUAGGCCCGGUGCCUGUCCUCAGGUUGACAUCAGUAUUAAAGAAGUAGUACGAUAAAAGUAGGACCUUCCUAGCAUCAAGUCUUCCCCGUUUCACUUGACAUCCCGAAGAAUCAAGAGUUCACCAUGUCUAUUGUUGGAUCGCGAGCUACCAACUUUACCUCGGGUAGUGGCCCCUCCAAUAUCACCGGCAGUUCCACAACGGAAAAUACUGCCACUGCCAGUCUUGCGAUUAAGGCCAAGCUGGCUGACUUGAACGCAAAUACAGCUACAGCAGUCCAGUACGUGCUAGGGUUUCAGGUUGGAUCCAUAAUCCUGGCUUUACUUGUAGCAUCUCCCUUGAUUUUUAGGCACAUCAAGACCGGUCGCUACAAGAGGGGAUGGUUUCUUACUAAGAACAAGGCUACUCCGACCAAUCUUGCGACAAUUUCGAUUAUUGCUCAAACAGUCAACCGGAGCCCAGAUGUUCCAAUCGGUUAUCCUUCAUGGUUUUCUAUUUGGUUUGAUUUAUAA